AUGGCGUACUGGUUGCUGAAACAGUUUAGUCGCACCAAGAAACUUGACACCGAUUACUUGAAAGAGACCAAUUUGUCCCGAUGUCUGGGUGUAUUCGACUUAAUGGCUCUGGGUAUUGGCAGUACUCUAGGUGCAGGUAUAUAUGUCUUGGCCGGCCAAGUGGCGAGAACUCAGGCAGGCCCAGCGGUUGUCAUUUCAUUUCUGAUUGCUGCCAUGGCAUCAGUACUAUCAGGUCUAUGUUAUGCUGAAUUUGGUGCCAGGAUACCGAAAACUGGGUCAGCCUACACCUACUGUUACAUUAGUGUGGGUGAACUGUGGGCGUUUGUCAUAGGCUGGAACAUGAUUCUGGAAAACAUGAUCGGAGCUGCGUCAGUUGGGAAGGCUUGGAGCCAGUAUUUCGACGCCAUCUUGAACAGCACCAUCAGCGACGCGUUACGAAACAACGUCGGUGAAUUCGACGUCCCCUGGCUUGGAGAAUAUCCCGACUUCUUUGCUUUCGCUCUUCUAAUUGUGGUGACAGCAGUGAACGCCAUUGGGGUCAAGAUGUCGUCUGUUGUUACCAGCGUUCUGACCGUAGUAAACUUAAUCGUCAUAGCGUUCAUCAUUGGCGCCGGUUGUUUCUACGUCGAUGGUAGUAACUGGACAAGCGGAAAAGGCUUCUUUCCCUACGGAGCAUCAGGCGUAUUAUCAGGUGCUGCCACAUGCUUCUAUGCGUUCGUAGGAUUCGACAUCAUCGCCACGUCUGGUGAAGAGACCCGCAACCCCGGCCGCACCAUUCCAAUUGCUAUACUGUUCACCCUUCUGGUGUGCUUUCUUGCUUAUUUCGGUGUUUCUGCGAUCAUCACCUUAAUGGAGCCUUAUUACAAAUUGACUGGAGCCGCGCCGUUGGCGGAGGUGUUCGCCCAACGUGGUCUACCUGCUGCUAAAUAUAUUAUUGCCGUGGGGGCAAUGUGCGGACUUACUGCUUCCAUGAUGGGCUCGAUUUUUCCUCUGCCACGUGUCAUUUUCGCGAUGGCCAGAGACGGUUUACUAUUUGCGUUUCUGGGAAUCAUAAACACGGCCACCAAGACUCCCGUAUACGCCACUCUGAUAGCGGGCUUCCUGACAGCUAUCCUGGCUAUGCUGUUAGACCUUCAACAGCUCGUUGAGAUGAUGUCAAUUGGAACGCUGAUGGCGUACGCGUUAGUCGCGAUCUGCGUUCUCGUGCUUCGAUAUCAGCCUGGGCACUUAGGGAUGGACAAAGAAGAAAACAAAGAUUUUGCUUUUCAGCAGAGUAUUGGAGAGAAAACAGAACUCAUGCAAUCGAAAAGUGACCAGUCAAUGACAAAGUAUAUGGAUCACAGUGACAAGAGCGGAAUGAAACGUUUCUCGUCAGCUGACGCUAUCCACGCCAGCGACGGUCGCACUGAGUCUACUUUUACCACUGACGGUGACACAAAGACGCAACUAGUCAUAAACGAAGUGACUGAACACCCACCAGAAAAAGACAGCGAUAAAAAGGCAAAACCAGAACCCUCGUUAAAAUCCCACCGUAUAGCAGUUUGGAGUAUCAUAAUCGCUGUUAUAUUACUCAUCGCUUUGUGUGCUCAUAUUAUUUUUGCAACGGACUAUAUUGUUGCGCAUAAUUGGUGGGCCAUUCUACUUACAUGCGUGAUUGGGGCUGCGCUAUGUUGCUUCGUUGUGCUGAUCGCAAUGCAGCCUCAGAAUGCCAUGAUACUUUCGUUUAAAGUGCCAUUUGUUCCGUUCAUCCCAGUAUUAUCCAUAUUUAUCAACGUCUAUCUCAUGUUAAAACUAUCUGUGGCGACAUGGAUACGAUUCGCCGUAUGGAUGGUGAUAGGUUUAGCAAUCUACCUGUUCUAUGGUCUAAAACACAGUUCGGAAAAUGAUGUUCUGGCGCCAUCUGUGAGCUCCGAUAUACUUUUACAAGGGGAGGCCAAACUGCAAGACGCGGCAACUGUUGAUGAAGACAAUGAUGGUGUAAAAAAGGAGAAAUAA